GCCACAUCUUCUUCCUACAGGACCAAACUUAGAAGCAACCAAGUGAGAGAUCCAACAUACCUCAGCUCAGCUCCUUCCACUUCUCAUACUGUCUCUUCCCUCCUGUUCCACAAUUCUAGUGGAGACUUGACUUCUCUCUCUAGACGCCAUCGAAAGACACAUCUAUCUCUAGCUAUACCAUCAAUUAAAGGGCACAAAUGUGUGGAAAGAUGAAGCACAUCCACAUGGAGCACAAGGGUUUACUUGGUGGAGAAUUUAAAGAUGGAAUUUGCUCCUCAAUUCCGAAACCUCCUCCUUCUAGCACCUCAAGGCCAAACAGCAUGGUUGUGAAGAAAGUGUGCCCGCGGGAGUUCAUCCCGCCGCAUAUCGUGGCCGAGGCGAUCUCGACGCUGCACGGUCUGGACCUGCGGUGGUCGGGACCGAUCACGCCGAGCGAGCGGCAGUACGUGGAGCAGUACGUGCUGGCCAUGUACCCGCAGUACUCGCACGGACUCAUCGAGGACGGCAGCUGCGACAAGGACGACCUCUACUCCACCUCCUACAGCAGCAGCACGACGUCGCCGGAGGCCAGCGGCGAGCGGCGGAGGUCGUCGCCGGUGGGGUCGCCGUCAUCGCCCGACAUGAUGGACACGGUCCGGCUGGAGCCGUCGCGGCUGCUGGACAUCCUGACCAAGAAGUUGUCGUUCCCCGGGAGCUUCAUCUCGAUACCGGAGAUCCAGGCCAGGAACCGGGUGCUCCGCCACUGCGGCCUCACCGACGACGAGUACCUCCUUCUCUUCGCGCCCACGCCCAGGGACGCCAUGAUGCUGGUGGGGGAGAGCUACCCGUUCUUCCGAAGCAGCUAUUACAUGUCGAUCCUGGAGGAGGACGGCGACUGCAUCCGCGCCUUCGCGGCGCACAAGGAGGCCAAGGUCAUCGCGGCGCCGGAGUCGUGGCUCGACCUCCGCAUCAAGGGCUCCCAGCUCAGCCAGUACUUCCGGCGCAAGUCCAAGCACGCGCCCAAGGGCCUCUUCGCCUACCCUGCCGUCUCCCCUUCGUCUCCCUCCGGCGCCAGCGGCACGCAGCCGGCGCGGUACUCGCUGCACUGGGUCUCCGAGGCGCACCGCAACGCGCGGCACGUGCUCCUGGACGCCACCGCGCUCGCCGUCGGCGAGGACCGGCUCCCGCUCUCGCUGCACCGCCCGGACUUCGUGCUGUGCGCGCUCGGCGACACCACGCGCGCGGGAGGUAUGGAGCAGCGGCGGCGGCGGCAGCAGGAGGCCAGUGUCACCUGCCUUCUCGUCAGGAGGAGGUCCUUCGAUUGCACCUCCCUGCCGCAGAAGCAAUAGAUAUUUGU